UGGUAUCAAUCUUCUCAUCUAACUCUCAGCAAGACAAUAAAUAAGCCCAUUUCCCAAAAUGUCAAGACUAUACCUUUUAAAUCCUUGGUUCCCAACCUGUGGUCUGGGCUCCCCUUAGGGGGGCGCCAAAAAUCAUAGGGGCAAGUGCGCCAGGAUUUGUCUUCUCUGAAGUUGUCAAAAUUAGAUUUGAACCCGUAUAACUAAAAAUGUAAAAACACACUGGCUAAUUAAUACAAAAUUCUGAAUAUAAAACUAUUUACAAAUAUAUAUUUCUUUGCUACUUAGUAGGCCACAUUCUGUUUAAACCCGGUAUUUCUGCACAGUUGCAGUUAAAGAUCAGGCUACACUCAUAUUACUAGUAUUUUAUACACUUUGGGGGCUUUGUGGAAAAUAUGUUGGGAACCACUGCUUUAAAUAACUGAAAUCGUUUUGUCAACAUUUUUGCCAUUCAAAUCUAAAACUUGGAAAACCUAGGCUAAACACCAACUGAAAUCCAAAUCAUUUUUUAAAACAAUCAAACACUAAAUCUUAUCACUGGAGUGUUUGUACAUUUAGUCUCCUAAAUCUCUAGAUUCAGUUUUUGUCAUCUGUAAAAACAGUGUGUCUACUUCAAAUGUCCAGUGACUCUGGAUAGUUGCAUCAUAUACAGUAAAUACGUAAAAUGUCAGUCAACAAUAUUUAUUCACCCUUUUCUUUCAGUUUUUAGGUAAGACAGCCUUAAAUCACCCGAGCUCCCUCACGUGUAGGCAACGUGACUCUUUUCUACCUGCUCCUGACAGCAUUAAAGGCUGCCACUACAUUUCAACAGUUGCACAUUUUAAAUAUUUAAAGGGAGAGAUCGUAACCAAUUGGUGUAACUUCAACAUUUCAAAGAGAACGUCUAACUUUAAAAGUGGACAUUUGGCUGCUGGUACUGUAUUUCCAACUCAUCCAUCUUAACUGUCGUGUGGUAGAUCAAACUGAUAGAAUCUACUGUGUCACUGUUUGGAUCACCUGCAGUGGAAAAUGUUACUUAUGUAUGUAAAGCCUCUUCCUACAUGCACGCAGCAUGUGGUCAGCACCUUCCACACAGGGGACCUCUGUUAAGUCUGUGUUUCACAUUUGGAUUGAUUAACAACGGCAAAAUCCUCAGAUUAAUUAACAAAAUAGAAAAGAAAAUUGUGUCACUUGAAACGGUGUCACAGGGAUGGUGGCGCCCUAAUUAAUGGUCAUUCUAGCCCCAGCUUUGAGUUACACAGAGGCUGCCUGUCAAACAGAUAACCCUGUGAGAGGAAUGUCACCUGCCUCAGUCUCAGACAUGCAUUUAGCUGCUCGUGCUUGUUAAGGAGAUUUACCAACACAAUGCUGAAGGAUUUGAGUAGCGUGUGAGUAAUAUUUUAUUUAAAGAAAUGCCUUUUUAAUAUUGACUUUUUUUCAGUAUUGCGAUUUGGAAAUCUUACCAUAGGAUGGCCACUUCAAAUGGGAAAGGUGAAAAAGUGUCCAAAUUUGAGACACUGAAACUUUUGGAGAAAUGCAGAAAGGAGAGAGAUGAUGCCAUGCACAGAGAAAGUGUUCUCAGAGAGAAACUCAGACAGAACGAGUCAAGGAUGCGUUCAACUGAGGCUGUGAAACAGAAACUGAAGACCUUGACUAUGGACAACAAGGACUUGAGGAAACAAGUGAAGACUCUUCGUAUGGAGAUUGGACUCGAGUGCAGCCCCAAGUUCAAUGGAAAGACCACAAAGGACAUAAUCAAUGACUUUCAUGAAAAGGCGCGUGAGUGCAGUUCCCUGGUGGAGAAGGCUGGGAAACUGAGUCUGACCAUUGAUGAUUUGACUUCAGAGUUGGCAAAUGCAGUCACCUCUAAAACACUUUUAGAGGAUCAAGUGCAGUCAUUGCAGCAAAAUCUCAAGGACAUGACAAAUAAUCAACGCCGCCUGCUGAAGUUGUGGGACGACAAGAAGGUCCAGAGGGAGCAGCUCGCCCUCCCUGCAAUCGCUCAGAAACCUGUACAGAAACCAUUCGUUCACAGAGCAGUUCAAACCGAGAUGUCCGUCGGUUCAUCCCAAAAGCUCCCAGUCAAUGCUUUUGAGACAAAGCCAUUCUCUCGGGACCAUGACAGAAAGACAGUUUUGGAUAAACACAAUUUUCCAACUUAUGGAAAUGGCUAUCAUCAUGACAAGAAGGCUUUCAUGCAUGAUGAAACUAAAGGAAUUAAGAAUUGACUUGACUCAUUGAACACUCUGCAUUGAGAAAGUAAAGCAGAGAUAUAGCAAAUCAAUAUUGUGUGAUAUAUCUGUAAAUA